AUGCUUAUUGCCAAAGUUCUCCCUACCCUCGUCCUCGGCGUCGGAAGCGUGCUUGCAGAUGGCACAUCCAUCGUCAACGCCAUCUCGGCCAUCCAAAACGCCACCAAUGAACUGACAACCACGGUCAGCAACUUCAAUGGGAACAUCCUCGGGGCGCUGCCUAUCAUCGUGCAGUCCACUGAGCUCCUCGCAACUAUCAAAAAGGGUACCCAAACCGCGGAGGACUCAGCCGCCCUUGCCGACCUCGAAGCAGUUACCGUCGGCUUAGCCACUAUCACACUUGUCGGCAACGUCAACGCGUCCCUGGAUGCCAUUGUCGACGCCAAACCAAAAUUCGACCGCAACUUGUUGACCCCAGUCGUCCUUUUGAAUCUCGAGCAGCAGAAGUCUGCUUCGUCAGACUUCAGCGAUGCUGUCGUAAGCAAACUGCCGGCUACAUUUGUUUCCACUGGACAGCAGCUUGCCGCGCAAAUCAGUGAAGCUUUUAGCGAGGCCAUCAGUAUCUAUAGUGGAGGAAUUCUGGAUUAG